ACAAACUUGUGAUUUUGAUGCUUGUUGUGUUUUUAAUAUUUUACGAUAUCUAUCUGCUCAUGGUUUUGUAUUAACUCUUCAAACCUUAUUUCUGUUAGCACGUUUGUAUAGGAAAAAUCAACGAUGUUUUGGAAAUGUAAUAUGGUAGCAACAUCCAACGUCGACACGUUACUUGACGACGAGGAUGUUACCCUUCAUAAACUAAUGGAGGAAGAAGAUCUAUUGCAAGAGUGCAAGGGCCUGAAUAAUAAGCUGAUAGUCUUCCUUGUUCAGCCAGAGGUGCUACACGAAUUGGUGGAUCUUAUUAUAACAGAACCACCAGAAGGAGAAGUAGAGACAAUGAGAUAUAAAUACGCAAACCUGGCCUGUGAGCUGUUGACAUGUGAUGUGUCUAAGAUGAACGAAGUUCUUUCCUCUAGCAUAGAUGUGCUAGACAAAUUAUGCACAUUCAUCAGACAGCAGUCACCACUGAAUCCUCUCCUCGCCAGUUUCUUUAGCAAGACACUUGGAAUUUUGGUGCUGCGAAAGUCAGAGACGAUGCUAAAGUAUAUUAGUGGCAGGGAAAACAUGAUUGACGAAGUGCUGCAACAUCUUGACAAGUCUGCUAAUAUGGACCUAGUUCUGCGAUUUGCAACAUGUGCAGAACCUCACAAUAUCCGAUGCUUGUACAAAGAGUGGUUGAAUGAACAGAAAUUGGUGCCGAAACUUGUCAGCCUAAUCGAACCUAAAAGUUCAGAACAGAUGCAAUGCUAUGCUUCUCAGGCUGUCUGUGAUAUGGUAAUAUCAUUGCGAGACCAGAAGACUCACAGUGACAAAGACAGUACGGAUACUUUUCCAUUGCUGUCAGUGCUGGAAUCAGAGAGCACUGCUUCACAGCUGUUGGAUCAAAUGUUCUCAGGGUCAAUCACAGAACUAACUUUAGUACAUGGAAUAAGCGUGUUUCUUGCGAUAUUUGAUACUUCCAAACCAAAUUCGGCAGAUGUUGAGCAGGAGGCAGCUCUUCAAGAGAAGUUCGAGUCUACUGUAGCGGACAUAACAGGAGCAGUGGAGGCCCUUAUUCCACGGCUACACAACCUACACAACGUACUGGAAGAGCCACCUGCUCUUAUGCCAAUGAUAACGACGAUAGGAACACUUGAUCCACCGUUUGGAUCUGCACGACUUCAAGUGGCAAAGCUUGUCUCCGCCAUCAUAGAGAUUAAUGAACCAAGGAUAGAUGCCGAACUUGCCAGGCUUGGUACACUUGAUGUGUUACUGGACCUGUUCUUUAAAUACGAGUGGAAUAACUUUCUGCACACUCACGUCGAACACAGCAUACGUUCUGUGUUUGCAGCCCCACCCUUGGAAGGAGACACAGUCCUAGGACACCCUCUAAUACAGCAUCUUUUCAGUGGGUGUCGCUUGAAACAGAGGAUAUUGGAGUCAUUUGAAAAAUGUGACAGCGGUUGCCGCAGGCCUGGUUACAUGGGGCAUGUGAUUAAAAUAGCAAAUGAUAUUGCAAGUUUUCUAGAGGCAGAGUCAAGCGAAGAACUAGUCAAGAGCUUUGAAACAGGUACCCUUGCAGACAGUGUGCAGAAAUGGCAAGAAUUUGUGGCUGGACCACUCACUGAUAUCAAUAAGAAGCAAGCCCCUGAUAUAAUAACAGGACCGAUGCUACACACCAGUUUGGAUGGUGACUUUUCAAAUGCAGAUUUUCCUCAUGAAACAGCCUUCCAACAGGCAUUUGAAAGACAUCGCCUGCAGCAAAUGACUGACAACUUCUUGGCGAGGUUUGCUUUCAGGAAUGAAAACUUAUCCAUUCCAGAUGAGGCAAUGAGUGCGCCUCUAGAUGGAAGGUUGAACAAGAUCAAACUGGUUAGGUCUGAUGCAGUGGACAUGCAAGGUGAUGCUGCCCUGUUUGAAAAGAUAUCCAGCCAAAAGAGUCGGUCUUUCGGUGAUGGUAGCGAUGAUGAUGAUGAUGACGAUGAUGAUGAUGAUGGCUGGGAGUUCAAGGACGGCAGUGGGAACGUGUUUCUGAGCGCAGCAGCUGAAACUGAGCGGAGUGUUGACAAGCUGCCCUUGGAGCAGGAACCUGAGGGAUCUGGAAGCAGCUCUGAAGAAGAGGAGAACUCUGGUCCAAGGAAAAUAGUCUCAGCUUCACCUGUAGCUAAAGGAGAUCUUAUUGGUCCCGCCGCGACAAAUGACCAAGGCUGGGCGAACUUUGAUUUGGCACCAGCAUCAUCAUUUGGGACAGUGUCAGAUGACCCGAAUCUGUGGGACACAGCGCAGAAUCCUGCACCAGAUGUGUUUACAUCAGAUGCCUGGGACAUAGAUAGUGAGCCAGCUCCAUGGAAAUUUGAAGCAGGAGAUGAAGAUUCUACAGAAGGAUGGGCAGACUUUUCUGGAUUCAGCUCAACUAUCCCCUGCGCCAACUUGACGAGCACUGAAACAACAUCUGAUGAAACGUCAGCAAGCAGCACUACCGAUGCAGCUCCAGCAGCAGUAGUGGACAGCUCUUCGUCAUCAGAGAAUUCAGCAGGAUAGUGAUCAGUGCUUUCACAUGUAUAUGUAUAAGGGAACAUCCAAUGUUUGAGAGUGCACACCUCGAAUUAACCAGUGGCCACGACGUGGGUGUUCUACCCAUCUGUGUAGAAUAAUGAGUGCUAAACCUAAGGCUUUAUAUAUUAUAGUCAAGCAGGUGUUGUUGAUAGUAUAUUCUUGUAAUCUGUUAAGAUAUAUAAUGUAGCGCAAACCCAAGGCUGUGUCAUGCGUUGUCCUUCUGUAUAGAGGCCACAUCCUUGCUAAUGUGUGUUGGACUGCUUUGUCACAGGGCUAGACAAGAAUUUGUUCUAUCCAUAUUUAAUGUGUUUCUUAAUUUCAUGAAAUGAAAGGCUACGUAUGCAAUGACGUUAGUGUCGGUACCAUUUACUGUUCGUGAUAUCUCAGUAAGGAAUGGUCAUGCCCAGUUAGUAUGCAUGAUACAGCUACGAUUACACUAGAUUAUGGUAGAAAGACAGUCCCAUUCAAACGUCGAUUGCAUUAGUAAAAAGUCAGAUGGCCAAACUCCCAAAGGUCACACAUAUCACUGUAAUUUUUAAUCUGAUAAAGAAAUAUUUGAGAAACCCACUGCAAAACCUAGUUUUGAUGACCAAUCAUUUUGUAUUACUUUAUUUAAAACAAUUUGUUCUAUUGGUAGGAUAUAUUAGGUGUGUUAAAAGUAGUUAAUUACUGAAAUUUUGUUUCAAAAUAGGGAUAAACUUAUCUCGAAUCGUUAGACAGUUUACUAACAUGACAAUGCUAAUUUCACACAAAAACAGGCCGGUAGUGGUCCAGAGACAUAAUUUACAGAUCAAUUUUUCUUUAAUCUUGCUAUACUAUAAACAGGUGUGAUGGCAGGAGACAUGUUUUUUUUUCAGUUGAUCCACACUGUCAAUUACACACACAACAGUCAAUCAAUACUUUUUCUUUGUCAUGUGUAUGUGCAAUAAAUUGUGUCUUUUGGUAUCCACAGUAAAUUAUUUAUGAAAGUAAAAAUGGAAGGUUGUUUGCUAUGUAGCAUAUGUACCAUGCCCAAGUUUAAAAUAUUGCCCCAUAUGGUAAUUUUAAAUGGCAACUACUGAUCUAUUUUAUAGUCUUGGUGAUUCUUGUUAUCACUAGGAUAUGGACACCUAUUAGUUUAUCAUGGUUUACUCAAACUGUUGUGAAAUAUGCCUUAAUGGUGAUGUGUGUAUAGUAAAAACGAAGAAAUUUGUGAUGUGUUUACAUACAUUAUUAGCUAUUGAAUAUAAUUAGGCUAAGGUUACUGUGCAUGUCACAUUGGUGCAGUGUCUAUUGGCAGCUUUUAAAUGUAUAAGAAAGCUGUAACGAUGCAGUAGCAAUUUCAGAGGGAUGUAAUAUAGCAAUAUAUGUUUUUAGAAAUGAAACAUGAAGUUAAGCAUUUUAUUGUCAUCUAUUUGGCAUAUAAUUCUUAGCUAGAUAGGCGUAUGAGCAAGUACUUGGGCAGGCUUGAUGUGUGAGGAUAUAAGCAGAAUUGGCCGUUAGUAGUCUUUCAUAACAGUCGUCCGAUUAGCAAUUGAAAUUCAACUUGUCAAAUAAUUGAAUUUUGUAAUCUAUUUUAGUAAGCAGUAAUGGGCACAAGUUGCCCUCUCCACUGCCCUAUGCUAUUUUUGUCUAUACAAUUAUGUCAUUCUCCUCUUCCAGUAUAAUUGUAGUGUGUUAUCAUUUUCCUGUCACGUUUCAUUUCCCCACCUUAUCUGCUUAUCGUCAUCUUUUUAACGGUUGUUUAGCGGUUUUCAGUAAUGAUAUGGCAGUGGUAGAAACUGCAUAGAAAUCUUGCACAAAAUUUCCAUAGUACCGGGAUUCCUACGGUGUAUAUGUCUAUGCUGUAUGUCAUGAUGCCUCUCUUCAUGUACAAUACUUUCAUAAUAUUACAGUAAGGCUUAACACAGAGCACUAAGCUGCAAAUAUAAGAUAUGAUCAUGUGUUGGAGAAUAACUAUAUUGUACAUACAGCAUGUAUUCUUAAAUGAUAAUAGAGUAAUAAGUAUGAAAUGUACAGUAAA